ACACAAACCUCACAACAACUCACUUCACACUUGAGUCCAAAUCUUAUCUCAAGUGAUGUUCACAUGAAUCACAUUUCAGUCACUUUCACACCAUAUCUAACAUGUCUUCAACACAUCCAACACUAUGUCCACUGAUCUCCUGUUCUUCACUUUAGAGUCUAAAGUUUGGACCACUUUUACAACUGAUUGCAUUCAAUUAGAACUUAAAGUUUGUGAUCACUUCCCACAUGACAAUCGGUGACCACUGCCAUGAAUUUGAAGAAUAUGUCGAAACAUGAGUUUGAAUGCAUGUCACGACAACUCAAGACUCAAUUAUCAUCCAUUGGUUUAGAGGCACAUCCCUUCAAAAUCCAAUGGUAUAACCUCAUGGUUUCCCCCAAAUUUCGACUUCCAUUCGAUGAUAAUUGCAUUGCAUUUGCAAUCAUCAGUACUCCUGAUAUGUUUGAGAUGGCAUUCCUGCCAUUCCUCCGGAGUAAUUUGUUUGACACCAACUCAACCAAUGAUCCCAUCGAUGAGUGCAUGAAAUAUCACUUAAACUCAAUUAAAUUG